AUGGCUAGUACUUCAGCCUCUCUUGAGGAAUAUACCGAAUCACUAGACGGUACCCAGAGUGACUUGGAGUCCGCUACUUCCUAUUCUUCUGUUGGUACUACUAAUACUUCUUUGCAUCCUACAAGUGAACCAUACAUGGCGGAGCCACGCCGGAUCACUUUACAUGAGCAAGGAGCUCCGGAUAUUGUACUUCAACCAUUACAAGCAAGGUAUCCUAACCUUGAUCCAAACUUUGAAUUGAAGACUCGAAAGCAUGGAGCCGAUGAGGUGGCUAUCAUGGUUUUUGCCUUCCCUUUCUCUCUUGAAGCGCAAGCAAAAACAUGGUUUUAUUUGCUACCGGAUGAGAUUGCUACCAAUUGGGAUUUCUUGAGAAGAGAGUUUCUAGAUAAAUUCUUCCCACCGGAGAAGACCGACUACAUCCGAAAGGAGAUUUCGGGUACAAUGCAAAGAGACCAAGAGAGUUUGUACGAGUAUUGGUCUCGGUUCAAGAGGCUAUUGGAAUCUUGUCCACACCAUGGAAUGAACACUCACUUGCUCAUUAGCUACUUCACCGGAGGUCUUUGUGUGGAAGAUAGAAGAUUGCUCACUGCUUCUAGUGGUGGUUCCCUUUCAAAAAACAAGACAGAGGGAGAAGCAUGGAGUUUGAUAAAGGAUUGGAGGGAUAAUGCACAAGGGAACAAUCAAAAUCAAAGGUGGAACAACUCUUCUUCUCAUCACAACAACAACGAAUCUUCAUCUCAAUACCACCACAACAACAACAACUACCAAGCCAACCAAAAUCAUCACAACCAAAACCAAAACAACUACACCAAGUACCAAGCACCACACCAUAGACAACAAACUAACCAAGCCUCUUCACCUCCCACUAAUCAAGUUGACGAGCUUAGAGCCGCUGUGGAUAAAUGGGAUGAGGGCUACAAGGCUCAAUUCGAGGCCCUGAGUGCUCAAUUGGCCAAUCUUACCGACAUGAUUUUGAAGAUGUCCAUGUCCUCCUCCAACAACACCAACCAACCCUCAAGUUCUUCUAACCUUCCAUUCCAACCCCAACCAAACCCAAAGGGCGGUCUCAACGCCAUCACUCUACAGUCGAGAACUACAUUAGAGGAGAUACCUUCAAGGGUCUUGGAGGACAUUCAUGAGGAAGAAGUGAUUGUUGAAGCUCCACAUGAAAAGGAAGAGGUAGACAAAAGGCAUGAGGAAGAAGGAGUAAACCUCAAGGAACCCAAGAAGAAAGCUCUAGUGGAUGAGUCCAUCCCUAUUUCAUUCCCUUCCAUGGUGAAGAAAGCUAAGAAGACACCAGAAUUUGAUUUGAACAUGCUUCAAGUGUUCAAGAAAGUUGAGGUAACCAUACCACUUCUUGAUGCUAUUCAACAAAUUCCAAAGUUUGCAAAAUUCUUGAAAGACUUAUGCACACACAAGGAUAUGAUAGGAGAAUUGGAGACAUUAUCCUUGGGUAGUUCAAUUUCUUCCUUGAUGGAACCUAUUCCAAAGAAAUAUGGUGACCCUGGGUCUUGUUUGGUGUCUUGUUGUAUUGGUGGACACACUUUUCAUGAUCGUAUGUGUGAUCUUGGAGCUUGUAUAAGCAUCAUGCCACUUUCUACCUUUGUGCAGUUGAAUUUAGCUCCAUUAAAGAAAUCGGCGGCGAGGUUUGCCUUGGUCGAUAAGUGUGAUCACGGUAACAGGAAUAGCCGAAGAUGUACUUGUGGCAAUCAAGGAUUUGAUCUUUCCGGUUGA